CCGGCCGGCGACGAGUCAAACACCAAAACGCAGAGCAGCAGGCAGAGAUCAAGUCUACGGGUGGGGUGCAUGGUGGCCCACCCACCAACCUCUGACCCCGACCCGGCGCGCCUCCUCCCCGCUAUCUAUAUAUAAGCAGCAGCGGCCGGCCACACGGCGAGAGGAGCUAGCUAGAGACCACCGGCACCAAGGCUAGCUGCCUUCCGCCACCAGCCCAGCAGCCAGCAAGCAAAAGGCAAGGCAAAGCAUGUGGGUGACGUCGAUGCCGCAGGUGUGGGACGAGGAGGGCGGCGCCGACGCGGUGACCCCGGCGCCGGCCGCGGCCAUGCUGAGCUCCCUCUCGGGCUGGCUCUCCCGCACCGUCCAGCCGCAGCCGCCGGCGCCCAGGGUGUGCGGCACCGAGGGCGGCCCGCCCGUGACGGCGACCAGGCUCCGCCUCCGCGACGGCCGCCACCUGGCCUACUGCGAGACCGGCGUGCCCAAGGACAAGGCGCGCUUCAGGGUCGUCUUCUCACACGGCUUCACCGGAUCACGCGAGGACACCGUCAGACCCUCACAGGAAGUGGCCGAAGAGCUGGGCGUGUACAUGGCGGGCUUUGAUCGCGCCGGGUACGGGCAGAGCGACCCCAACCCCAAGCGCUCCGUGAAGAGCGCGGCGCUGGACGUGGAGGAGCUCGCCGACGCGCUGGGGCUCGGCCCCAAGUUCUACCUGAUCGGCAUGUCGCUCGGCUGCCAUGCCGUCUGGGGCGCCCUCAAGUACAUCCCCGACAGGAUCGCUGGUGCCGCGAUGAUGGCUCCGGUGGUGAACUACUGGUGGCCGGGGUUCCCGGCGGACCUGGCCGCGGAGGUGUACGCCAAGCAGGAGGUGGGCGACCAGUGGGCGCUGCGCGUGUCGCACCACGCCCCGGGCAUCCUCCACUGGUGGAUGGAGCAGAGCUGGCUGCCCACGUCGACGGUGGUUGCCGGCACGACCCCGCUCCCCAACAAGCUCGACGCGGAGAUGCGGAGCAAGAUGAUGGCGGACGGGACGUUCCAGCAGAGGAAGGAGCAGGCGACGCAGCAGGGCAUCCAUGAGUCCUACUACCGGGACAUGAUGGUCAUGUUCGGCAAGUGGGAGUUCGACCCGAUGAGCCUGCCCCAGCCGGCGUGCCCCGUGCACCUGUGGCAGGGCGACGAGGACGGGCUCGUCCCCGUCGUGUUGCAGCGGUACCUGGCCAGCCGCCUCAGCUGGGUCAACUACCAUGAGCUCCCCGGCACCGGGCACUUCCUGUCGUCGGUGCCCGGACUGGGCGACACCGUCCUCAGGACCCUUUUCGGCUGAUGCAGAUGCAGCAGCAGCAGCAGUUUCGGAAGAACACAUGGCAAGUAUGGACGGGUGCUAAUUAUUAUUAAACCUAUACUACUCCAGUAUAGUAGCGCCGUGGUGCAUUAGUUUCAUUUGUUGUAAGGCCAGUUCGUUGGUUGUCGCUGAUUAUUACAGCGACGGUAAUGAUCAUGAAGAUGAUAUAUAGAGAUGAUGCAAGGUCGCACCGCCUUCGAAGUACUAUUUGUUCGUUCAGAAUUCUCAUGUUUAAAGGGAAGAAGAUAUCAGACACUAGUAUAGAUAUGUUUUGAAAGGAGGAAAACCGGAAUUUUGUCCAUCGUUAUUUAUCUUUAUAGAUUAUUGAUACCAUAAA